UGACAUUUGGUUAAGUAGUGUUUUCUAGCCUUGAGAAGACCUGAUAUCUGGAUUAUUUGUAAUUGUUUUAUUGGACCAUGUGAGCUGAGCUGGCGUGUUCACUGAUGUGCUGUUUUAUCUUUCCUCCAGUUUGUUUGGAGUGUUGGUGGAUCCCUGCUGCAUUGUGCCAGGGUAUGUGUCUCUGUGCUUUCUCAUCCAGAAUGCAGUACAAGAGUUUUCAAUCUGCAAGCCCACUGAUGUCCUUUUCAUGAAGAGAUGGUUACAGAUGUUGAUCAGGAUAGGAAAGAGAAUAGCUACGCAACAGGUAUCAGAAUGAAACCACAUCCUUUUCUUCAACAGGAACUCUAGCUCUGUAACAGAGGCAACCAACAGGGUGAGUGAUUUGUAUUUUGUACUCUGUUCUUUCUACAAUAUUUUAAGCAGGAAAAACUUUUUAAAAGCAACAAUGAAUUCAAGGAUAUUUUGCUUUUUUGCUGUGCUUGUUCUUAGUGUUUCAAUUUCAUUAGUUCUUUAUACUGUUAAUUCACCUGAGCAAAAACACCUUCGGAAGUUGAACCUCUCAGUGACUUCUAUCUUAGCAGAAGCCUGUGAUGCACUUAUUGAAGAGGAGGCAUUUUUUGUACAAGAAAACACAUUGAAAACAUCAUUUGGGAGAACGAUUUGCACCAAAUACUUAAUUCAAAAUCACUAUAUAACUAGCCCUCUCUCGGCAGAAGAAGCUGCCUUUCCUUUGGCUUAUAUUAUAACCCUUCAUAAGGAAUUUGAUACUUUUGAAAGACUUUUCAGGGCUAUUUAUAUGCCCCAAAAUGUUUACUGUAUCCAUGUAGAUCGGAAAGCAACUGCUAAGUUUAAGCAAGAUGUGGAGAAAUUAUUGAACUGUUUCCCCAAUGCUUUUCUUGCCUCUAAAAUGGAGCUAGUGGUAUAUGCUGGAAUAUCCAGACUUCAGGCAGAUUUGAACUGCAUGAAAGACCUGCUGGAAUCAGGAGUUCGGUGGAAGUACCUUCUCAACACAUGUGGACAAGAUUUUCCUUUGAAAACCAACAAGGAAAUAGUUCAGUAUCUGAAAAGAUUUAAAGGGAAAAACAUCACUCCUGGAGGUCUGCCUCCUGCCAAUAUUAUCAGAAGGACCAAAUAUGUCCACAGGGAACAAAUAUACAGUUUUGCUUCUUUCAUGCUGUGGACCUUUGUACGAAAAGCACCACCUCCACACAAUCUGACCAUCUACUUUGGCUCUGCUUAUAUUGCUGUCACAAGGGAAUUUACCGAGUUAGUUCUCAGAGACCAGCGUGCCAUUGAUUUACUUGAAUGGUCCAAGGACACGUAUAGUCCAGAUGAACAUUUCUGGGUGACAUUCAAUUCAAUACCAGGUAUGUCUGACUUUCCUCCAAAUAUGUCCUCUCUAUUAACCUAUGUAAUCCUUCUGCCUAAUAGGUCUACUAUACUGCAAACAAAGUGCAUUGUUUUAUUUUCUAUUAUUUAA